UUCACCUCACCGUGCUGUCCCACAUUCGUGCUUAACACGUAGUGGCGAGUGUAUUACAAGGCACAACAGCCAUAUUAAAACGGGCAGACGGCCCACAGUCAAACCCGCGCAGAAAUAAUUAACGGUUUUCAAAAAUGUUCAGCAAAUCUCUUUUGAGGACCACACUGGUCGUUGGAAGCGGUCGACUGGAAAUGCACAGGGGAGCAAAGAGAGGGAUAUCGUCGUUCCCCAGUGUGGAUAUCCGGCGGCAUUCCUCUUCGACGACGAUGUUAAAUGGUGCUAGCAAACUAAAAACAAUGGACGAGCUACAUGGACCUACUUUUUUGACGUCUUUGUACUGGCUUUUCGGCAAAGGAUACUUCCAAAUAACCCACCAAAUGCAGAUUGAACACAGCAACAUCUACGGGCCGUUGUGGAUGUCAAAAUACGGCCCAAUGGUGAUCGUGAACGUGGCCUCCGCGGAGCUAAUCGAGCAGGUCCUGCGGCAAGAAGGACGUCACCCCAUCCGCACCGACAUGCCCCACUGGAGGGGCUACCGGGAGCUCCGCAAACAAGCCUAUGGGCCGCUCACGGAGAUGGGCGCGGAGUGGCAGCGAAUCAGGAGCAUCCUGAACCCCCGGAUGCUGAAACCAAAGCACGUGUCCACCUACACCGGCUCGCUCAAUCUGGUGGUGACCGACUUCAUCCACAGACUGGAUUGGCUGAGGAAGACGAAGGGGGGCGGGGUCAUGGUUCACGACUUGGCGGGAGAACUCUACAAAUUCGCCUUUGAAGGAAUCUCCAUGGUUCUGUUCGAGAAGCGCAUGGGCUGCCUGAACGAGGAGGUCCCGGAGGACACGCAGAAGUUCAUCAACUCCGUGGGGGAGAUGUUCCGCCUCUCCCCCAUCCUCGUGCUCUUCCCCAAGUCCUUCUGGCCUUACCUGCCCUCCUGGAAGCACUUUGUGGCCGUGUGGGACCACCUCUUUAAAGUGGCCCAAACGCUGGUGGAGGAGAAGAUGGCGCAGGUCCAGGAGAAGGUGGACCGGGGCGAGGCGGUGGAGGGGGAGUAUCUCACACACCUGCUGGUCAGCGAGCAGAUGUCCAUCACCGAGGUGCUGGGCAGCAUCACCGAGCUGCUGCUGGCGGGGGUGGAUACGACGUCCAACACCAUCUCCUGGGCUCUGUACCACCUGGCCCGGAACCACGGCAUUCAGGACCGGCUGUACCGGGAGGUGAGCAGCGUCUGCCCCGGCGACAGGAUCCCCGGCAGCGACGACCUCGCCCGCAUGCCCUGGCUGAAGGCCGUCGUCAGGGAAACCCUGCGAUUGUAUCCUGUGGUGCCAGGAAAUGCUCGCGUCACUGUAGAAAAUGAGAUCGUGGUCGGUGAUUACAUUUUCCCCAAAAAUACGCUGUUCCACCUGUGCCACUACGCUGUGUCGCGCGACGCGCGGACCUUCUCGGACCCGCUGCGGUUCCGGCCGGAGCGCUGGCUGCGGGGCGGGGAGGAGACCCAGCGGCAGCACCCCUUCGGCUCCGUGCCCUUCGGCUUCGGCAUCCGCGCCUGCCUGGGCAAGAGGGUCGCCGAGCUGGAGAUGUACCUGGUGCUGUCCCGGCUGAUUAAGCACUUUGAGGUUCGGCCCGACCCGGCCGGAACCACCGUCACGCCCAUCACCAGAACCCUGCUGGUCCCAGCCACGCCCAUCCACCUGCAGUUCCUGCCCCGGGAGAACCAGGAGGACACCGUCUAAACCCAGCCGCCUUUUCUGUCUGUUUGACUCCGUGUAGUUUACUUUCUCACGACGCACUAGAGGAGCUGUGCGAGGCUCAGGGGACCAGAUUUCAGCGCAGUGUUCUUUCUUUAACCGUUAGUAACUGCUUUGUGCGGUUUAUUGUUCAAGGGAAUUUUCUGAACGGUCAAGAGUGAUAUUUUGAGUUGAAUUGUAAUUUUGCUGCGAGGCUCAAAGCCUUCAGACUGUUGUGGUUUGCACUGUACAAUGGAUCAUACAUUUGUAAUAUAAUUGUAAUGUUAAAUAUAAUAUGUAAACUAGAAUGUAAUAUGAAACGACAGAUCAUAGUAGUAUUUUGAUAUAAUUUGAUAUUUAUAAUUAGCAACAGUGAUAGCUUACUAAUUAUAAGCAAGCGUAUGUAAAUAUGCUUAUAUAUGGAAUAAUAUAUUUCACUUCCUUUUUUUAAUGUAGCUAGUCACUGAUACGCACUUAUGUGUCAUACCUUGUCAUAGCAUACGCACUUCAGUGUGGCACUUGUAUUGCACACUUAUAUGCCCUCAGAAAUGAAGAGUUACGGCCUGCGGUGGCACACACGAUUAUUGAGUCUACCUGACUUUAACUCAUUAAGUGUUUGUACAAUGAGUGUGUGUACAUGCUCUGGAUAAGAGCGUCUGAUAAAUGCCUGUAAUGUAAUGUAGUACUUUUGUUUAGUGAAUCCAAAGAUUAUAUUUUGUAUACGACUUCUUUUAAUUCACCCUGGCUAAAACAAUAAAUAAUAAGCAAAUAAUAAAAAUGGCAGAAAGCUCAA